AUGGCUGCCGCUGCCACCCUGAGCGCCCCCGACGCUGCGAAGCUCUCUCAGCUCAAAUCGGCCGUCUCCGGCCUCGGCCAAAUCAGCGAUAGUGAGAAGAAUGGAUUCAUCAACCUCGUGUCUCGCUAUCUCAGUGGCGAAGCUCAACAUGUUGACUGGAGCAAGAUCCAGACGCCCACUGACGAAAUUGUCGUCCCUUACGAUAGCUUGGCGCCCACUCCCCAGGAUCCUGCAGCGACCAAGAGCCUUUUGGACAAACUCGUUGUGCUGAAGCUCAAUGGUGGUUUGGGAACUACGAUGGGUUGUACUGGUCCCAAAUCUGUCAUAGAAGUACGCAAUGGAUUGACAUUUCUUGACCUUAUUGUUAUCCAAAUUGAGAAUCUGAACACUAAAUAUGGGUGCAAUGUUCCCCUGCUUCUGAUGAACUCUUUUAACACCCAUGAUGAUACGUUGAAGAUUGUUGAAAAAUAUGCCAACUCAAAUAUAGAUAUUCAUACUUUUAAUCAGAGCCAGUAUCCCCGUUUGGUUGUUGAGGAUUUUAUGCCACUGCCUUGCAAAGGACAGACUGGAAAAGAUGGAUGGUAUCCUCCUGGUCACGGUGAUGUGUUCGCAUCCUUGAUGAACAGUGGCAAACUUGAUGCUUUGCUCUCACAGGGCAAGGAAUAUGUUUUUGCUGCCAACUCAGAUAACUUGGGUGCUAUUGUUGACCUGAAGAUCUUAAAUCAUUUGAUGACAAACAAGAACGAGUACUGUAUGGAGGUUACUCCAAAAACCUUAGCUGAUGUGAAGGGUGGUACACUCAUAUCUUAUGAGGGAAAGGUUCAACUCUUGGAAAUUGCACAGGUCCCUGAUGAACACAUCAAUGAGUUCAAAUCAAUUGAGAAGUUCAAGAUUUUCAAUACAAACAACUUGUGGGUUAACUUAAAGGCAAUUAAAAGGCUUGUCGAAGCUCAAGCUCUUAAGAUGGAGAUCAUUCCUAAUCCAAAGGAAGUGGAUGGAAUUAAAGUUCUGCAGCUAGAAACUGCAGCUGGUGCAGCAAUCAAGUUCUUUGACAAUGCUAUUGGCAUCAAUGUACCUCGGUCGAGGUUCCUUCCAGUGAAAGCAACUUCAGAUCUGCUUCUUGUUCAGUCCGAUCUUUAUACUCUGGUGGAUGGUUUUGUUGAACGAAACAAGGCUAGAACAAAUCCCUCAAAUCCUUCAAUCGAAUUGGGCCCUGAGUUUAAGAAGGUUGGCAAUUUCUUGAGCAGAUUCAAGUCAAUUCCCAGCAUUAUUGAGCUUGAUAGCCUGAAGGUGUCUGGUGAUGUAUGGUUUGGCACUGGCAUUACUCUCAAGGGAAAGGUGACCAUUGCUGCAAAACCUGGGGUUAAGCUGGAAAUUCCGGAUGGGGUGGUGCUGGAAAACAAGGAAAUCCAUGGCCCUGAGGACCUCUAG